AACUAUUGCAAAUGUAUGUAUACGUACUCAUAAAGUAAUAUGCGUAUGACUGUGUAGGAUUGAUAGAUACCUGAUAAAUAGAAUUGUGGACAUGAGAACUAUGCGGAGGAAAACACUGACCGUCGGCUUCGGAGGGACAGGAUGUAUAAUUCUGUAUUGGUAUCUCAAUGUGUAUUUGAAUGACCUACCACAGACUCAAAAGACACGCCUGACCCCUCACCUGCAUCACAGGGAGGAAGACUUAUCACCCUCAUCACUGGAGAAUGACUUCAUCAAAAAGGUACCACAACGUUUACCAGGAUCAAGAGGUAGGGGAACAUGGCCAGUGGUAACAUAUACAGACAGAACUGUACAGCUUUCGCUAAUCUCAAGAAAUGAACAUGUUGCCUUGGAUGGCAGAUUAAAGGAAUAUUGUAACCCUCCUUCUGUUGACAUGAAGGGAAACGAGGAAGGAAAUGUAGGAGAAGAAUUUCAAUUGAGGUCUGUACAUGUUAUCAUUCGUCAUGGCGACCGGUCCCCAAUACACAGUAUUAUUAAUCAUCCUAACACAAAGCUGAAAUGCAAAUUUGACUCGGGAUUCUUGAUGAAGGAUGAAAUACUCAGUAGCUAUCUAUAUAAACUACAGAAAACUGAAACCAACUUCCAUCCCAAAAGUGAUUUCAGAAACUGGGAAUUGUACCCAAACAAAGAAUUUUGUGAUGGUGCUCAACUGACGCCUUUAGGUGCUUUACAGCAUUUGAAAAUUGGACAAUUUCUCCAAGAAAAGUAUUUUUCAAAGGUAUUUAAGGGGAAUUUUUCAUACACAGAUAUACACAUUAAGAGUACAGAAUAUUCUAGAACUUUCCAAAGUGCUGUUGCACUACUAUAUGGCUUCUUACCUGAUUUUGAUCUGCAGAAAAUCCAAAUGCACUUGUCUCCAGACUUAUUGUUUUGUUCUUCGGACAUAACUGGACUUACAUGUCGAUGUCCUUUAGCUCAGAUAUUUAAAGUACAAGCCAAUGUUAUUGCAGGAAGUCACAAUCGUAAUGAUUCUGAACACAAGCUAUUAGUAAAGCAAAUAGCAACUGUUUAUGAUAUAAAACCACAUCAAGUGCCAUGGCUGGCGGCUGUCAUGGAUAUCCUAAUGACACAGGUUUGCCACCAUGUAUCUCUGCAUUGCAACAAAAGAAAGGAAUGUAUUGAUAAAAAAUUGCUCAAUAGAAUGUGGAAAACUGUAGAUUCAGAUGGUGUGAAGUUUAAAUCACAAAAUGAACAAUACUUAAAAUUUGCACAUUUAGCAUUACAUCCGUUGUUAUCUGAAAUUCUGAUACGCAUGAAAGAUACUAUUCUUUUGAAAAAUUCUCAUAAAUUUAUACUUUAUUCAGGACAUGACAUAUCAUUAACACCAUUACUGGCUAUGUUGGGUCUUCAUUUGAAUGGAAAAUGGCCACCUUAUGCUUCAAGAGUUGUGUUUGAACUUUAUACAAAGAGUGCACAUAGAAAUCCAAAUCAGGGAUUCAUUCGUGUUUUGUACAAUGGAAAAGAUAGGACAGAAGAUUUACCAUUUUGUAGGAAACUGCAUCAUGGAUUAUGUCGAUUGUAUCAUUUUAAAGACUUCUUAGAUAAUCAUUUAAAAAUUUUUAAUAUUACCGACUUUAAUACUCAGUGUGCUAACACAAAAAAAUAAUAAAUUUGAUAAAAAAUA